CAAAAUCAAAUACACAAGACGUGCUAACCUUGGUGCCUGUCGCUUUUCGGUUGUGUUCUUGAAACAACAAUAUCCCCGCUCUUUCUCUCUCCUUUCCUUUUGGACUACUGCAAGUUCUUGCCUUUUAUGCAGCUCCCAAGCUGCAGACGCCUAUUGAUGUUGUCGUUUUCUAACGUUGUCAAAAAUUUUUACACCGAACUGUAUCAGUCCCCGUCCAUCAUUUAGGCCUGUUUAUGUCCCAUUAGGCUUUGUUUAACUUCUGGUGAUUUUAAAGGUUACAUGGGAGGUGAGUCUCGGCUUAUAAGUUCAGCUGCCCAACAAGUGGAAAGAAAAGGACAAGCUUGUAUCAGAGGAGAUUAACGCAUACUCGGUACGGGUUUAAUGGCUACAGCUGCUGCAAUGCCCAUGUCUCGGGAAGCAUCCAAUUAUGAUGAGGUUUCCAUGCACCAGAGUUUGUUGUUCGCUGAUAGUCUCAAGGAUUUGAAAAAUCUGAGAACACAGCUCUACUCAGCAGCUGAGUAUUUUGAGCUGUCUUACACCAAUGAUGACCAAAAGCAGAUAGUGGUAGAAACAUUGAAAGAUUAUGCCAUCAAAGCUCUUGUAAACACAGUAGACCAUUUGGGUUCUGUGACAUACAAGGUUAAUGAUCUUUUGGAUGAAAAGGUUGAUGAGGUUUGUGGAACAGAGCUCCGGGUUUCCUGUAUUGAACAGAGACUAAGGACAUGCCAAGAGUAUAUUGAUCAUGAAGGAAUUUCCCAACAGUCACUGGUGAUUAAUACACCAAAGUACCAUAAACGGUACAUCUUGCCAGUUGGGGAGACCAUGCAUGGUGCAAAUCGUACAAAGUCCAAAUACCUAGGAUGCAGCCUAGAUGAUGAAGAUGACUGGCAUCAGCUUAGGAAUGCUGUUCGAGCUACGAUUAGGGAAACCCCAACAUCUUCGGUUGGGGAAACCCCGACAUCUUCAGUCAGAAAAGGGCGUUCUCCAUCACCUUCUCCACGGCCUCCGGGCCCUCCACAGCGAUCUGCAACCUUUUCCUUUACUGCCACCAUGCCCAAGAAAGAACUAGAGAAGCGAACAGUAUCGCCACAUAGAUUUCCACUUUUACGUUCUGGAUCUGUUAGUAGGCCUACAACCCCAAAUAAGAGCAGGCCGACUACUCCAAAUUCAGCUGGUGCAAGGCGGCGGUACCCAUCAGAACCUCGGAAAUCAGCUUCAAUGCGUCUUCAAUCUGAGAAAGACAACCCCAAAGAGAUUGAACAGUAUCCCAGUAAAAGUAAAAGACUCCUCAAAGCAUUGCUUAGUCGUCGCAAAUCAAAGAAAGAUGAGAUGCUAUACACUUACUUGGAUGAAUACUGAGUAAAGAGAACCACAAGGCGGCUGAUAGAGGGGCCAACAAAAUGGCUAGUGAUAGAGGCAUACAAAAAAGGGGGUCAAGGUAGUGAGGAAAGACUCUGGACUUGCUCCACUUUUUUUCUUUUUCCAGUUUCCUUUGUCUGUAACCUUUUCUGCUUUGCUACUUUUCUUUGCUCUUUACCAAAAUAUUCCAUGUUGUAAGAUAAUUGCCAUUGUGUAUUAUCAUUACCACUAUGAUUUUGCAGCCCACCAGCUAUGUAUACUUUUUCUCUAGUAUUCCACAGUUGGCCUGCAAUGAUGUAUUAUCAUUGUUGACAUUGUAUGCGACACUGAUCGCAACCUUUUUGAAGUUGUAUGAAAGGUUGAAUCAAUUUUUCCCAUUUA